AGGAGAGAAGCUGUAAUGACUUCAGCAGUACUGGUGGACCUACGAGAUGAGGUAACCUGCCCCAUCUGCCUGGAGCUCCUGACAGAACCCCUGAGCAUAGACUGUGGCCACAGCUUCUGCCAAGCCUGCAUCACAGAGAACAGCGAGGAGUCAGUGAUUGGCCAAGAAGGGGAAAGCAGCUGUCCUGUGUGCCAGACCAGCUACCAGCCUGAGAAUCUGCGGCCUAAUCGGCAUCUGGCCAACAUAGUAGAAAGGCUCAGAGAGGUGGUGUUGGGCCCAGGGAAGCAGCUGAAGGUGAUUCUCUGUGCACACCAUGGAGAGAAACUCCAGCUCUUCUGUAAGGAGGAUGGGAAGCUCAUUUGCUGGCUCUGCGAGCGGUCUCAGGAGCACCGUGGUCACCACACGUUCCUCAUGGAGGAGGUUGCCCAGGAGUACCAGGAGAAGUUCCAAGAGUCUCUGAAGAAGCUGAGGAAAGAACAGCAGGAAGCUGAGAAGCUGAAAACUGUUAUCAGAGAGAAGAGGGCAUCCUGGAAGAAUCAGAUGGCACCUGAGAGACACAGGAUCCAGACAGAGUUUAAUCAGCUACGAAGCAUCCUGGACAAAGAGGAGCAACGGGAGCUGAAAAAGCUGGAGGAGGAAGAGAAGAAGGGGCUGAGUAUUAUAGAGGAGGCUGAGGAGGAGCUGGUCCACCAGAGCCAGUCAUUGACAGAGAUCAUCUCAGAUUUGGAGCAUAGAUGUCAGGGGUCAACAAUGGAGCUGCUGCAGGAUGUGAGUGAUGUCACAAAAAGGAGUGAGUUCUGGACCCUGAAGAAGCCAGAAUCUCUCCCCACCAAGCUGAAAAGUAGGUUUCGUGCCCCAGAUCUGAAAAAGAUGCUGCGAGUAUUCAGAGAGCUGACAGAUGUACAGAGCUACUGGGCAGUAAGAUUCAGUUUCACAAGGAAAACAAGAAGAGCCUCAGGAGUCAGGACAGGAAGAAGACAAGGGGGCCGUGCAAUGGAUCCGUCAGUACAGGUAAACAUACAGCAGGAGGUGACCUGCCCCAUCUGCCUACAACUCCUGACUAAACCCCUGAGCCUAGACUGUGGCCACAGCUUUUGCCAAGCCUGCAUCACUGCAAAGAACAAAGGGUCAGUGAUCAGCCCAGGAGGGGAAAGAUGUCCUGUGUGCCAGACCAGAUAUCAACCUUGGAACCUCCGGCCUAAUCUUCACCUGGCCAACAUAGUGGAGAGAGUCAAGGAGGUCAAGAUGAGCCCACAGGAGGGGCAGAAGAGACAUCUCUGUGAGCACCAUGGACAAAAACUGACGAAGUUCUGUAAAGAGGAUGCGAAGGUCAUUUGCUGGGUUUGUGAGUUGUCCAUGGAACACCACGGUCACCAAACAGUCUUCGUGGAUGAGGUGGUCAAGGAAUGUCAGGAGAAACUCCAGGCAGCUCUAGAGAGGCUGAUUAAGGAGCAUCAUGAAGCUGAGAAGUUGGAAGCUGACAUCGGAGAGGAGAGAGCUACCUGGAAGAAAUAUAUCCAGACUGAAAGACAGAAGAUUCUGAAAGGGUUUACUGAAAUGAGAGUCAUCUUGGACAGUGAGGAGCAGAGGGAGCUGCAAAAGCUGGAGGAAGAUGAGGUAAAUGUGCUGGAUAACCUGGCAGCAGCUAAGGACCAGUUGGCUCAGCAGAGGCAGUGUGUGAGAGAGCUCAUCUCAGAUCUCCAGCGUCGGAUAUCGGGGUCAUCGGUAGAGAUGCUGCAGGAUGUGAUUGACGUCAUGAGAAGGAGUGAGAGUUGGACCCUGAAGAAAUCAAAAACUGCUUCCAAGAAACCAAAGCGUGUGUUCCGAGCUCCAGACCUGAGCAAGAUGCUGCAAGUUUUUAAAGAGCUGACAGAUGUCCAGAGCUACUGGGUGGACGUGAUGCUGAACCCAGUCAACACUAUUUCGAAUGUUGUCAUUUCUGCAGACCAGAGACAAGUGAUGGUUGUGCAUGCUUGCACGUUUAAGAAUUCAAAUCCACGUGAUUUUUCUGCUUUUGGUGUCUUUGGCUGCCAAUAUUUCUCCUCAGGGAAAUAUUACUGGGAAGUAGAUGUGUCUGGGAAGAUUGCCUGGAUCCUGGGGGUACACAGUAAGAUAAGUAGCCCCAACAAAAGAGCGAGCUGUGGGUUUGUUUAUGAUCCAGAUGCAAAUCAUCAAAAUGUUUACUCCAGAUACAGACCUCAAUACGGCUACUGGGUAAUAGGGUUACGGAAUAAAGUUGAGUACAAUGCCUUUGAGGACUGUUCCCCCUCUGAUGCCAGGUUUCUGACUCUCUCCAUGGCUGUGCCUCCUCAUCGUGUUGGGGUUUUCCUAGACUGUGAAGCAGGCACUGUCUCAUUUUUCAAUGUCACAGACCAUGGGUCACUCAUCUACAAGUUCUCUGACUGUUGCUUUUCUCAUCCUGCUUAUCCAUAUUUCAAUCCUUGGAACUGUCCAGCCCCCAUGACUCUGUGCCCACCAAGCUCCUGAACUUUCUUGUUCCCUCAUGCACUUCUGUGUAGUGCCCCUAGUCCUGAGGCUCAGAUCCUGCCCCUGAGUUCAUCUGUACCAUUCUGACUGCCUCUUCCUUUCCUUCUUUUUCUUUUGUUGAGAAUGUCUUUGUAUUAGUCGUCUCUGGCUGCCAUAAAAAAUGUACCACAGACUGCUGAUUUAAGCAACAGAAAUUUAUUAUCUCAUAGUCCUGGGAGCUAGAAGUCCAAAAUCAAGGUGUCAGCAGAAUUGGUUCCUUCUGGCAGCUGUGAGGGAAGGAUCUGGUCCAUGCCUCUUUCCUUGGCUCCUAGAUGCCCUCUUCUCCUUAUGUCUCUUCACCUCGUCUGUCCUCUCUUCUUGUCCUUGUGUCCAAAGUUCUCUUUUUUGUAAAGACACCACUCAUACAGGAUCAGGGCCACCCUCAAUGAAAUUGUUUUAACUUGAUAUCUUCCACAAAGACCCUAUUUCCAAAUAAGGUCAUAUUUUGAGGUUAGGACUUCAACAUAUGAAUUUGAGGAUAAAAUUCAUCUCAUAAUAGCCUUUUACUCUUCCCCACUGUAUAAUGAUGCCUUAUGCUGUAAUUUUCCUAGUAUAUUAUUUUUAUUAGGAGAUAAUG